CGGUGUCACUGUGUGGGGUCUUGCCGGUGCCUCAUGGGAAGUGUAGAAACUGACAGAUGUGAAAUAGCCUAGGGAGUGAUAAAUAUAGAGAUCUGCUUCAUAUUACAUCUGGAGAGCCAGGAUAGAGCAAGACUUCCAGGGGGAGAGACAUUUGGAGGGAGAGAAGAGACGGGACAUGAACUUGGGAUUGACUGUUCUGGAUAGUUGGAGACUGAGAAGAGACUGCAAGUGAGAAAGGGAGGGACUGGAUGUAAGAGACUGACGUAUCGAUCAGAGAGAUGUCUUUCAUUACUACACCUGUUGCAAAGACAGCUUCCUGGGAGAGACAUCUGUGUUGAGAGAGAGAGAGCAUGAGACUGCUGAGAUAGCAAAAAGUUUGCUGAGGUAGUAAUCUCCGAAUACAGGACGAUCGUGAGAAACGGGGGAAGGAAAGGGGAUCGUAGUAAAGCAAAAGCAGGAGUGAGAACUUGUUACUUGGGAUCGGGUCAUCUGAACAAAGCAGUGUUUGACUUUUUCAGACAGCUUGUUAAUAAUGGAUAUAAACUCGGUAGUUUCGGAAAUGAGCCGCCCCAAGGCACAAAAUGGCAGCCCAGCGACGACUAAACGUAGCUCUAAAUCAAAGAAAAAAACUCCUGCUAAACGUGCCACUGUUUAUUUUGAGGUGGAGAUCCUGGAUGCCAAGACGCGGGAGAAGCUCUGCUUCCUGGACAAGGUGGAACCCAAUGCUACCGUUGCAGAUAUAAAGGGCUUGUUCACCAAAUCUCAUCCUGAGUGGUAUCCAGCCAGGCAGUCAUUGCGUUUGGACCCUAAGGGAAGAUCUCUAAAAGAUGAGGAUAUUCUGCAAAACCUGCCAGUGGGAACAACAGCGACUCUGUACUUUAGAGACCUGGGAGCACAGAUCAGCUGGGUCACUGUAUUCCUGACCGAGUACGCUGGACCUCUCAUCAUCUAUUUACUUUUCUACUUCCGUGUCCCUUUUAUAUAUGGUCCCAAAUAUGACUUCAUCACAAGCCGGCACUCGGUUGUUCACCUAGCCUGUAUCUGCCAUUCAUUUCACUACAUAAAACGUCUACUGGAAACUCUGUUUGUACAUCGGUUUUCUCAUGGUACAAUGCCGCUGCGGAACAUCUUUAAGAACUGUAUGUAUUACUGGGGCUUUGCUGCUUGGAUGGCGUACUACAUCAAUCACCCACUCUAUACACCUCCAGCGUAUGGAGAUGAACAGGUGAAAAUUGCUGUCAUCAUAUUUCUGUUUUGUCAGUUGGGUAACUUCUCCAUACACAUCGCUCUGAGGAACCUGAGGCCAGCUGGUGAGUCUAUAGGCUCAAAGACGCGGAAAAUUCCCUUCCCAACACGUAACCCCUUCACAUGGCUCUUCCUGCUGGUGUCUUGCCCCAACUACACAUAUGAGGUGGGCUCCUGGAUUGGAUUUGCCAUAAUGACUCAGUGUCUUCCUGUGGCGUUAUUCAGCUUGGUUGGAUUUAUCCAGAUGACAAUUUGGGCCAAAGGAAAGCAUCGCAGCUAUCUGAAGGAGUUCAAAGACUACCCACCUCUCCGGUCACCUAUAGUCCCCUUCAUCCUAUGACCCCUUGUUUAGUGUCUCUUUUGUGAUCUUAUGCCCCUGUCCCGGAACUCUUAACCUCACUGCACUGAACUGAGAGCCCCUGCACUGAACACUGAGCCCGCUAGGUCUGUCUUAUUAUGGGCCUUCCCCGGAAGAAUUUGUCCCAUUCUCUGCAACGGCGGGAUGAGAUUUAUUAGUUGAACCUGUGAACACAUUUUGGUACUAAUAAGCAGGAGAUAAAAGUAAAACUUGACAUUUUAAUUAAC